AUGUGGUUUUCGGGCAAGGGCAAGCAGUCGGACUAUAGCAAGACAAAUAUCGGUGUUGAUCUCCAAUCCAUUUGCCGAGGAUGUUCGCAAAUUGAGAUCCUGCUGGACCUCCAUUCAGAAUCGCGCAAGAAAGGCACACCGUCCCCGACUGGCCGUCUGCCGUUUCAUAACGACUUUGCCGAACUUUCAGAUUGCGCAAAGAGAUGUCAAACCUGUCGCGUGUUUCGCCAAGCGCUUCUUUCUCGAUGCGCGACUACGGGCGAGGCAAAUACACUUACUGCAACCACAAGGCAUUGUCCUGUGUAUGUGCGCCCCAUCUUCAACUACCAAGGAAACAGUACUCCAGAAGAUACCCAGGAGCAGUUUCUAGAGAGUAGUGUCGACUUCAAGAUCGAAAUACUUGACCAUUCAGACAAAUCUGUCCUUGUCCCAACCUCUUCGACGGCUAAGGCCUCUCUCAACCUUCCCGAGAAUGCGAAUUCUCCAUGGAUAGCACGACAAAUAAGGACCUGGGCUGAGACAUGUCACCAAGAUCACAAACAGAGCUGUUCAGUCUUGCGAUGGUCUUCAGAGAACCCCACGAGGCUGAUUCGUAUACUCUCUGAAUCAGAGCUUCAAUUAUGUUCCAUGGAUGAGCAAGUACAAUAUGCUGCCCUCAGCUACUGCUGGGGGUCUCAAUCCCUCACGGAGAAAGACGGUCAAUUCUUGCACAAAGGAAUGACUACCAUGGAGAACCUAGAACAGCGGCACCAGGCGUUCUCAAUCUUAGACCUCCCUGUGACUCUUCGUGAUGCUAUCACGAUCUUCAGGCGUACAGGGCUGACCUAUGCAUGGAUUGAUUCUGUGUGCAUCAUUCAAAGCCAGAGCAAUAUGUCUGAUUUCAUGCGUGAAGCACCGAGGAUGCAUAGCUACUACGGCAACGCUUUCUUUACCCUGGCAUUGUGUUCUAACUCCAAAGCGACUGAAGCUAUCUUGUCUCCCCGAUCUGCUUAUUCCCAGGUCACUCAGUCCUGUCAUCUGCGUGGGCGAUAUUUGCUCCCUCCUCUUAUCACAUUAACUGAGAUUCUCAAGUCCUCCCCAUUGACCAAGCGAUCCUGGACGUUGCAAGAAGAGCAUUUAUCACCGAGGGUGCUAUAUUGGACACCCAACAAAAUCUAUUGGUCGUGCGCUGGCGCACAACUAACUGAGACUUCGAUUCCUACAACAGCGUGUAAGCUGAGCGGGUCCAAACACGACUUGCCACAAAGCUUCCUAGUUGCAUGUCAUCAUGGUACUGCCGAAACCCGACACCGAGGAUGGGUAUCAUUAGUUACAUCAUACACACUCCGAGACAUGUCGAAUCCAAAUGACCGCUUCCCCGCCCUUUCUGGUCUUGCAUCUAGGUAUCAGUCGAGCUUUGACCAGAAAAAUACUUACUUGUCUGGACUGUGGGAAUUGACGUUGGCUCACGAUCUUUCAUGGCGGGUCGCUAAGUUCGUUCCUCAGGAAGUAGUCGAUUCGAGCCAGACCUUUCCCUCUUGGUCUUGGGCCUCCUUGCCCCUCUGUCACGGCAUUGAAUACGAGGCAGAAGUUCAGACUCUUGGAGGUCUCGAGUUCAUAAGCAGCUGGAGUUACGAUACCUCUGAAACAGUUUCCGACGAUGACAUCUACAAAGGUUCACGAAUUGCUGGGCUCCGGGUGAGGGCAAGGCUGAGGCCGUUUUGGCAUCAAGAUGCCAGUCUAUGUCCAUGGGAUUCUAUUGUUGAGCAGAACGCUAGUGGCCAACGAGAUAGAUCUUCCACGAACCCUCUAUUCAACUUUUGGAUCGUACCAGAGCUGCCCAUGUAUUCCGCUGAUGCCCAAACCGGCUUCAUCGUGGCCUAUGAAGCGAGGAAACAGGAAAUUGUUGGGCAACUGGACUACAUAUCUUCGGUUUACCGAGUUCUACAGGGUUCAUUGACAGUCUACGCCUUGGAACUUACGAAAACGGCCUUUCUUCUUGUGGAGAUGGUUCAAGAUUCGCGCCUCCGACGUGUCGGUAUCGCGCGAGAUUACCGAACUGGAUUCUUUGAUGGGGUGGUUAUGUCAGAUGUUGAACUCGUUUGA